AUGACUGCUUCGGCGCAAAAGGUGUUGGCCGGAUCGCUGGGCGGCGCGAUGGAAGCCGUCCUUCUGCAGCCGCUGGACGUCACCAAGACUCGCCUUCAGUUGGACAGUAAUAGUCGAUAUCGCAACUCGUUCCUCUACUGCGCCAAGACGAUAUACAAGGAGGAGGGAGCCGGUGCGUUGUACAAGGGUCUCACGCCCUUUGUCACGCAUCUCACCCUCAAGUAUGCUCUACGCAUGGGCAGCUUCACAUUCUUCCGGGGACUCCUCGGCAGCCAGGCCACGUCGCCGAGUGGUGCGCCGAAGAAGAAACCCAGCGAGAAGAUGGUCAUGUGGAACAAUUUUGGAUCAGGCCUUUGUGCGGGCGUGCUGGAGGCGUUCCUCAUCGUGACUCCAUUCGAGGUGAUCAAGACACGACUCCAACAGCAGGAGGGUUUCCACAACCGGAAGUACAAAAACACCGUACACGCAGCGGUAACAAUUUUGAGAGAGGAGGGCGUAAGAGCGCUCUGGAAGGGAGUCGCGCCGACGGCCCUCCGCAACGGCUCCAACCAAGCCUGCAAUUUUAUGGUGGUGGGUAUUUUCAACAAGUGGGUGUGGAAGAAAGAGGAGGGAAAGCAGAUUGCCGUGUGGAAGACGAUGAUAUCGGGAGCAAUCGCCGGCGCUAUGGGCCCAUGUCUCAACUGUCCGCUGGACGUGAUCAAGACGCGGCUGAUGGGGCAAAAGAUCGAACCGGGCCAGCCGCCCAAGUACCGAGGCGUCAUGGGCACCAUCGGCACCAUUUACAAGGAAGAAGGGUUGUUUGCGCUGUGGAAGGGUCUGGUGCCGCGACUGAUGCGACUGGCGCCGGGGCAGGCGAUCAUGUGGACGGUGGUGACGCGGGUGACCACCUACUUCGAGGAGCAGGCCCAGCGACGAAUCGAAGAGGAGCAGCGGCCGUCGAGUCGAGGAGGCGAUGAGGCCGCAUCGACAAGGACAGCCUCGAUCAAGGGAAAUGGAGGUGGCUGGAGGCGGCAAAUUUCUGGCCACUUCACAACCGGCGAGUUGUGGUCGAUGUACCUCACAGGCACCUUCGUGGGUGUGGCCAAUGCUGCCGUCUUCCACCCCAUGGAUGUUUUGCGCAUUCGCCGCAAGCUCGGUGAGGGCGUGAACAUGGGUCAGCUGGGCACCAAGCGGAGCUUCUGGAACGGCGUCGCCUUCAACAUCUGCACCACCGCGCUCAAGCAGAUGGCCUUCUACCCCACCCAGGAGGUCCUCAAGCGUGUCCUCGUCGACAAAGGCUAUACGGCGGGCGAGAGUCAGUUCGGGUCGGCCGUGGGCGUCGGCGUCAUCCUGGGUCUCAUCGCCAGCCCGGUCAACGUCAUCAAGGUGCCCCUGCAGGCGGGCAUGGAGAGCGACCUGACCGUCGGGCGCGUCUGUCGAGAGGUGUACCGGCGCUACGGGCUCGCCGGCUUCUUCCGCGGUGGUCUGGCCGUCAUCACCCGAGACACGGUGUGGUCCGUGACGUAUUUUCCUCUCUAUUUCUACCUGCGGCAACACGUCUCUGCAUUCUUCGACGGCUCGUCGCCCUCCUCUUCCACUUCCACUUCCUCUACCUCUUCUGCUUCUUCCACUUCCGUCUCUUCUUCUUCCUCGUCGCGAUCGCACGACGUGCUCGUCAACUCAGUGACGAGCAUCACGGCCUCCAUCGCGGCUAUGGUGGCCUCCUACCCCUUUGACGGGGCUCGCCUGUACAGACAGAAACACUUGGAGAAUCACUCGUUCUGGCACGGGUUUGCCAAGUCGUUCCAUCCGGGUUCCGGCAACGUCAAGUCCCUGACGACCGCGCUGCUGCGGGUGCCGCUGGCCAACGCCUUCUCCCACACCCUCUACCUCUUCAUCCAAAACAAGAACCAAUAA